CACGAGACUUGGGGCUGCGCACUCGAGGGCGGCACGGGGCGGCCGGGGUGCGGAGCCCGGUGAGGGGCGGAGCUGGCGAUGGCGUCCGGAGCGGUUCGCCGGUUGGCGAUGGCAGCCUUCGGCCCCGGGGCUCACCGGAGCGUGCCGGGAGGGCGGAAUGGUGGCGCUGUGUCCACCAUGAGGGGCAGCUCAGGGUGGAGCCUGGUACCGUCGAGGUCAGUCAUCGCCACCCGCAGCGGCGCCAUUUUGCCCAAACCCGUGAAAAUGUCUUUCGGCCUUCUCCGUGUGUUUUCCAUUGUGAUCCCCUUUCUCUAUGUUGGGACGCUCAUUAGCAAGAACUUCGCUGCUCUACUUGAGGAGCAUGACAUCUUUGUCCCAGAGGAUGACGACGAUGAUGAUUAACAGAGCAUGGAGGAACUACAGAAAGGAGAAAGCACUACCAGAAGAAAUGGUGACACUCUCAGCUCCUUCCCCACCAGCUGAAAGCCCUCAGCCUUGCCGCCUUUGUGGCCUAUGACCACCACCCAGAACCCUGCGCCUUGGGAGUUUCCCUCAAAUGUGCUGUCCACUGAGCACAGGAAAUGACAAGCAAUCAAAUUAUGAAUAACAUAAUAAACAUGACUUAUUACUGAAAAA